AUGGCUCUACGAGUGCCAGCAAGCUUUAUCAAUGUCGCCGACGCGUAUGCCAGUCGGGAUGAGCCCCCGUACAAUGUCAUGGGUGUUUGUGUCGACUACCUUCCACCUGCCCAAUCAUACGGGACUGAUCUUGCGAUGAAGAUCAACCUGUGGGAUGUGAGCUGUAACGACUGUACAGAUUUAGGCAAUGAUGGAAUGCUAACCAGGAUGUUCUACAAGAAGAAAUAUCGGUUUCCAGCAGUCCAUGAGAUCGGUGAUCUUGUGAUUUUCCGAGGACUAAAGACAUCCAACAAAAAGGGUACGUGGAUGGGUCUGACCAGUCCAGCAUCUACAUGGGUUGUGAUAAAUGGCCUCAGUCUUCUUGACAGCACAGAUCCAGCCUUUGCUGACGUCGAACUGAGAAAACCCUACGAACCAGUUCUUGAUAGUCGAUCAGGUCGGGGGCCUCGGCCCACACCUAGCGAGUUCGAGUAUGCCAAAUCACUACUGCAGAUGAGAGAUCGAAACACCCUACGUGGGCCACCCAAGAGUACUGCUCUGGACCAGGCGACAAUCAUCAAGGCGAAUGGAGGUACUCCUCGAGUUACACAAUCCUCGAAAUUUCGACUAGUUAAAGAUAUCAUUGAUCCGCCUAGCCAUUCUGGAUCUCAGUUUGUCGACCUCCUUGGAGAGGUAGAGAGGUGUUUCUAUACUACUAGACCUGUUGAGCUGAAAAUAUCCGACUAUACAGAACACCAUCUGUUGUACGACUACGGAGCCGAAGGUCAAGACGGUGAUGAGUUCGGGUAUUUGCAAGCAAAGAAGAACAAGAAUGGAUGGCAAGGACCUAGUGGUAGAAGGACUAUCACUGUUAAUUUGUGGGACAGCUAUGCUGAACAUGUCCGAGAUCUGGCUCAAAACGAGCAGUUCAAGCUAGGUUCGCUGGUGCGAAUCAAGAACGUGCAUAUAGCGAUGCACAAAGGUGGCGCAUAUCUCGAGGGCCAUCUUAGAGGCGCAGGUUGCUCAGGCAGUGCAAUCAAGUUUUUCGAUCCUACGAUGGCCAAAGACGAAGCGUCAAAGAGCCUAAUGGCAAGGAUACGCGCAUAUAGAGAGACAGCACAGUCUAGAGAGCUCAAGUCGAAGCGACCAGCAGAGGUAGAGCCUGAGCGGCAGCCGCCCACUAAAAAAAGCAAGAACCAGAAGAAAAGAGAGAGAAAGGCGCAAGCAAACAGAGGGUUGGAGGCUACUACACAAGCAAAACCAACCUCGAACCAGCACGUUAGGUGCGAGGCUAUCAAUGUCGGUUUGACUACAAUAACAGAUAUCAUGGACGCACGACAACUCGAGCGUAACACAUCGGCAGGAAACGCCUACAAGAUGCCGUUUCAGAACUGCAAAUAUAGAAGCGAGGUACAAGUGGUUGACUUUUUUCCAGAUAAGCUUGAGGACUUUGCUGCACCGUACCGACAAUCAGAUCGGACAAUGUCUGACGCGGAAAAGGUGGCAGGCUCGGGGGACUCACCCGAAUCAGCUCAGUCUGAAGAUGGAGAUGAGGAUCGAGUCGCGAAGUGGGAAUGGCAUUUCUUCCUUAUGGUUCGAGAUCCUACUCCUUCGAAGUUAGACAAUGGCGAAGUACCAACGAUGCUAUUACAGGUUGCUGGAGGCGAUGCUGAAUAUUUGCUAAACAUGGAGGCUUGCGAUCUGAGAACGAACGAUAAAGAGUUCGGGCAAUUGAAGGAGAAAUUGUUUGUGUUAUGGGGUGACUUAGAAGAAAAAAAGACUGAGCACCAAAAGUCGGGCCUCGAGCUCGAAGAAACAGCAGUCACAAUAUCGUCCACACCAUUCGAAUGUAUGAUUAGGGAGUUUGGAAUUCAGGCACACUCUGAAUAUGGAUCAAUUGUGAAGGAUAAAUGGGAGAGGACAUUCGGCUUGUUCAAGACGAAUAUCGGUUGA